AUGGAUCCAUUGGAUCAUUUUCUCAGUGAAUGUGGUUUAACAGAUUUCGUAUCAUCCACAACUAAAACUUCUAAUAAUCAACGAUCAGGGGAAGAGGAAGUAGCAUUUUACGUUGAUCGUGUACAAGAAAAUAAUACAUUCGAACAAUUUUGGAAUCGUUAUCAAAAUGAAUUGCCAGGAAUGUUUGAUUUAGUAAAAUCAUACAACAUACGUCCAGCUACUUCUGUAGUAAGUGAAGGAUUGUUUAGCAUAGCUGGUUAUGUUUAA